CUCCUGUUCACCCUCACCUUCUGGGUGCUGCUGCGGGGCUUCGUUGGCGAGAAGGUGCUAAAGAGGAGGGCGCUGGCCGCGUGUGUCACGGAUGCAGAAGCCAGCCAGAUGCGGGAUGUGCUGCAGAAGCUGGGCGAGGUGCUGAGGGAUUUCUUUGCCAAGUUCUGGAUCUGCGUCUGCGCCGUCCAGUUCAUCGUGGUGACCUUCGCCGGCCGCCUCGUCCUCUACAAGAUCGUCUACAUGCUCCUGCUGCUCCUGUGCCUCAUGCUGUUCCAGGUGUACUACAGCCUGUGGCGCAAGGUGCUCAAGGGCUUUUGGUGGCUGGUGGUGGCCUACACCAUGCUGGUGCUCAUUGCCACCUACACAUACCAGUUUGAGGACUUCCCCAUGUACUGGAGGAACAUUACAGGGCUCAAUGAUGACCAGCUGAGCGACAUGGGCCUGCAGCAGUUCAGCGUCUCCAAGCUCUUCUCCAGCAUCCUCAUGAUGGGUUUCUUCCUGCUGGCCUGCAUCCUGCAGCUCCACUACUUCCACGAGCCCUUCAUGCGCAUCACCGACCUGCAGCACAUCCGGCCCCCCUCUCUGACCUCCUCCUACAUCCACAGGUCUGAGGAGCUCCACGGGAGCCGUCUGCUGCGGGAUGCGGCUGCUUCCGAGACCACCAACUCUCGAGACUCAGACACUGCAUCCCUGGUGUCCAACAAAUGGGGGCUGGUGCUGGAGCGCCUGGUGGUGCUGGGCCGCACCUUCUCGGACAAGAUGACGCGGAGCGAGGUGUUUGUGAGGCGCCUGCUGGAGCUCCACGUCCUCAAGCUGGUGGCUGUCUACGCUGUCUGGGUGGCCCUGGAGGAGGUCUCGGUGAUGAACUUCUUGCUGGUGCUGCUGUGGACCUUGGCCGUGCCCUACUGCCGCUUCCGCCACAUGGCCUCGUGCCUCUCCACCGUCUGGACCUGCAUCAUCAUCGUCUGCAAGAUGCUCUACCAGCUGGAGGUCGUGGACCCCCACGAGUACUUCAGCAACUGCACCCAGGUGGGUCCUGGGCACAAGGGGACAGCGGGUCAGAGCCACCCUGUGCCCAGCUGGCAGCGGUGNAACUUCAUCUACUGCAAGUCCUACCUGGACAUGGUGAAGGUGGUGGUGUUCCACUACCUCUUCUGGGUGGUCCUGGUGGUGGUUUUCAUCACGGGGACCACCCGCAUCAGCCUCUUUGGGCUGGGCUACGUGCUGGCCUGCUUCUACCUGCUGCUCUCGGGCACCACCAUGCUGCGCAAGUCGGCCCACGCCCGCCUGGCGCUCUGGGACUGCCUCAUCCUCUACAACAUCGCCGUCAUCAUCUCCAAAAACAUGCUCUCGCUCCUGUCCUGUGUCUUCGUGCAGCAAAUGCAGAGCAGGUUCUGCUGGGUGAUCCAGCUCUUCAGCCUCGUCUGCACCGUCAAGGGCUACUACAACCCCAAGGCGAUGCACAAGGACCACGACUGCACGCUGCCCAUCGAGGAGGCCGGCAUCAUGUGGGACAGCAUCUGCUUCUUCUUCCUCCUGCUCCAGCGCCGCGUCUUCCUCAGCUCCUACUACCUGCACGUCAUGUGGGACCUGCGAGCCACUGCCCUGCAGGCUUCCAGGGGUGUGGCCCUGUUCAAGGCCAGCAUCAUGAAGAGCCUGCGCUCGCACCAGCAGGCCGAGAAGAAGUCACUGGACCAGCUGAAGCGGCAGAUGGAGCGGAUCCGAACCAAGCAGCAGAAGUACUACCAGGAGCAGGCUGCCAGCGCAGAGCAGGAAGGGGACAAAGCAGGUGAGAGCCGGGGGGUCCCUCCCGUGUCCCCAACCCCUCUCUGGACACACGGGUGGCACCGUGACCCUUCGCUGACGCCCAUCCUGGUGGAGCCCCUGGCCCAGCUGUGGUACUUUGUGAAGUGCAUCUACUUUGGACUGUCGGCCUACCAGAUCCGCAGCGGCUACCCCACCCGCAUCCUGGGCAACUUCUUCACCAAGAAAUACAACUACCUCAACCUCUUCCUCUUCCAGGGGUUCCGCCUGGUGCCCUUCCUGGUGGAGCUGCGUGCCGUCAUGGACUGGGUGUGGACGGACACCACGCUGUCCCUCCCCGACUGGAUGUGUGUGGAGGACAUCUACGCCAACAUCUUCAUCAUCAAGUGCAGCCGGGAGACUGAGAAGAAAUUCCCCCAGCCCAGGGGGCAGAAGAAGAAGAAGGUGGUGAAGUAUGGCAUGGGCGGCCUCAUCAUCCUCUUCCUGGUGGGCAUCAUCUGGUUCCCUCUGCUCUUCAUGUCCCUGGUGCGCUCCGUGGUGGGCAUCAUCAACCACCCCAUCGACGUCACCGUCACCCUCAAGCUGGGGGGGUACGAGCCUCUGUUCAGCGCGAGCUCCCAGCAGCAAUACAUCAAGCCCUUCACCAACAAGGAGUACGAGGACCUCACCAAAGAGUUUGAGGGCCAGCUGUUGGCCAUGCAGUUCAUCACCAUCUACGACGUGGAGGACAUCGUGACCGCCCGCAUCGAGGGCAGCUCGGGCUCGCUGUGGAGCAUCAGCCCCCCGAGCCGCGAGCAGAUGCGGCUGGAGCUGCAGAACGGCUCCUCUGACAUGACCCUGCACCUCAGCUGGACCUUGCAGAGGGACCUGAGCAAGGGGGGCACGGUGGAGAACGCCUAUGGCAAACACAGCACAGAGCUGGACCCCGGCACGCCCGAGCGCCUGCAGCUGGCCCAGAUGCUGGAUGGCACCAGGACUGAGCCCGUGGCAUUGCAAAACCUCUUCCCCAAAUACAUCCAGGCAUCCACUGGCCUCGAAGCCGAACCCAUCGAGGAGCUGCAGCCAGAUGGCGAGGAGAACUUCCUGGACGUGGAGCUGCAGCUGAAACAGGAGCGCAGGGGCUCUGGCCCCGGUGAGCACUUUGUGGAGUGGUGGGUGCUGAGGCAGAAGGACGCGCCAUCCAAGGUGGGCAGCAUCCUCCCCAUGGUCAUCUUCAACGACAAAGUCAGCCCCCCCAGCCUGGGCUUCCUGGCUGGCUACGGGAUCAUGGGGCUCUACGUGUCCGUGGUGCUGGUGAUCGGCAAGUUCGUGCGGGACUUCUUCAGCGAGGUGUCGCACUCCAUCAUGUUCGAGGAGCUGCCCUACGUGGAUCGCAUCCUGAAGCUGUGCCAGGACAUCUUCCUGGUGCGUGAGACGGGCGAGCUGGAGCUGGAGGAGGAGCUCUACGCCAAGCUCAUCUUCCUCUACCGCUCGCCCGAGACCAUGAUCAAGUGGACGCGGGAGAAGGAAUAAGGGGGGAAGGGGCUGCAGCCCCCUCCCCUGGCAGGGACAUCACCGCCAGUGCCUUAAGCAGCCCCCCCAGGCUGGGGCUGCAUCCCGGCCCGGGAGGCACUGGGAUCUGGGGUUCUGGGCGCUCCCUUUUUCUGGAUGUUUUUCUUACAUUGCUUUGAAGCCG